AUGAAGCACAUGGCACCAGGUCCGGCAUCCAGUAUUUCGUUCACGUCCGGAAUCAGCGCCUAUCGUCCGUACCCUAAUUGGAAUGCGCCAGGCGCCUAUACCGGCUCAUUGGAGGGCAUGGUUCGAAGUUUAGCGGUUGAAAUGAAGCCAGUGCGCGUAAACCUGGUCUGUCUCGGCCCAGUUGACACAGACCUCAUAGCUCGCUGGUACUCUACUCCUGACGAACGAAAGAGAGGCAUUGAUGCUAUCAGCAGUUCUUCUGUGACAGGGGCUAUUGGGCAAGCUGAAGAUGUUGCAGAAGGUUAUGUUUACUGCAUGAAAGACUACAACUUGACAGUAUCCAUUAUAAAUUCCAACGGAGGAUUGUUGAUCGUCUGA